AUGCACAAAGUGAUGCGGCCCAGCUUCGCCAGAACAGGAAGGCGCUUGCAGGUGGAGGGCGAGGGCGACGCUGGCUUUGCCUUGGCCCUCACCUGCGCUGCGGGCAUGGCGACGACCAUUGGAGCUGCUAUGGCGUUCUGUGUCGACACCAGCGACAGCCGCGUCUUUGCCAUCUGCCUGGCUCUGUCCGCAGGGGUGAUGACGUAUGUCUCCUUCGUGGAAAUCAUCGGAAAGGCCGACGAAAGCUUCCAAGAAGCCGGCAUUUCAGAGUCUGACUCCUUCUCGCUCGCCACUCUGGUCCUCUUCCUGGGCCUCCUGGCAUCGAUGCUCCUCGAGCUUGUCGCAACGUACUUCUUCCACAGGGCCCAUUCGGAGAAGAAGGCAUUCGAGAAGGGCAAUGCUGAGGAUGUCAUGCAGGCGCAUAGCGAUCCGGAUCAACUCGCAAAUGCCAUCCAGCCCACUUCAGCGGGUCAGGGCUCCGCGGGCAGCAGCGUGGCCGAUCAUCAGGACAUCGAGGUCAGCCCAACAGCGGAUGAAGCACCGGGCCAAAGCCGAAAACCUCUUGGUGGCACGGAACGAAUGAACAUGCUUCAGAUGGCAGCUUUCUCCGGCGUUGCCAUCGCGCUGCACAACUUCCCGGAAGGCCUUGCAACUUUUGUUGCAACCAUGGCAGAUCCCAGCUUUGGUCCUCCUAUGGCCUUUGCAAUUGCCAUCCACAACAUUCCUGAAGGCUUGGCCGUCGCUGCCCCGAUCUUGAAGGCGACGAACUCCAGGAGUAAAGCCUUCCUUUGGGCCUUCUUGUCUGGAAUGUCCGAGCCGUUGGGCGGCUUGCUGGGCUGGCUAGUUCUGCGCGAGCUCGUGGGCCCCGUGACCUUCGCCAUCCUCUUCGGCAUCAUCGCGGGCGUCAUGAUACAUAUCUCCUUCAAGAAGCUUCUCCCCACAGCGCUGAAGUACGACCCGGA